AUGGCAAAUAAAAGCCACGGAUGCCAAUCUUCAAGCAUUAGAAGCAAAUCAAUUAAGAAUCCAGAAAAUGCGAAGAAUAAUACUCCAACUGAAAUAUAUUUUCAAGAUGUAGAUAAUGAUGAUAAUAAUGAAACUUUAUUUGAUCUUAAAAUUUUUGUAAAAAAUUUACGAUGA